AUGGAGGUUGGGGGCAGGGGUGCUUUGACGACCUUCCGAAGGCCGCUGACAGAAAGCAGCGCCGAUGUGGACAUUGAGGUGGGCAUGGAUCGCGAGCGUUCGCGCGAAGAACCAGGGCACCAGCCACACUUCGCUAUGCGGGGGACGGCUUCCUCACCUCGGGCCUCAUCCCCACAUGGCCGUGCAGGAACAUCGCCCAAGUCCAACAUGCCGCGGCCGGCAGCGGCCAGCGGACGCCCGCAGAACAUGGGCAGGCAGAGGUCGGCUCAAACAGCUGGGGAGGCUUUGGUGGCUGCCGCCCUGUCGGGCGCGGGCCGACGUUUGCCCGGCCUCGGUGCCGCAUCACGGCGAGCUCCUGCGACGAGGCAGACUGUGAAUGAGGUUAGACGACAGCUAGAUGAGAAUUUGCAGAAAGAUGGGGAAUGCUAUGCCGUUUGCAUGGCUGGUGGUUUGGACCUGGCGAGCUUGGCAGAAGCGAGCGCGCCUACGACGGAGGUGGCACGUGCUUCGGCAGCAGCAGCGGCAGCGGGCCGCGAACUGUCACAAUUGGAGUUGCCCUCCGAGAUUCGAGGUGGCAGCCAGUCUUCGCUGGCUGGACCACGCCAGCUCGAUAAUGGGCUCGGAGGCGGCUUAGUGAGACACUUCGGCACGGGGGAGAACAUUGUUCUCUAUUUGCAGUUCUUCGGACAGAAGGCAUGCGUUUCGUGGGUGCCUGAGCAGGUGGAGAGGCACUGUCGAAGCUCGACGUCAGCUGGCGUCACAGCCAGCUCCGGCAAUUCAUGCUGCUUUUUGCAGCAUGACAGCGGCGUGGCUCCGAUAUUUUAG